AUGCCGAAACUGAUCCGAAAGGCUCAGCGCAUCCUACACAAGCGCAGUCAAGCUCGACUGAAUGGAGCUUCGAGUCUGGCCGCGCGAUCCAGUCCAAGUGGACCAUGGACAACGGUUCAAGAGCAAGAGCAGAGCAGCUCGGACGGAGAAGGCGAAGAGUCACACCGCGAAUUGCAGCCGGGACCGCUCUUCUUGGGACGCACUUCUCCAACACCUGCUCCGAAUGCGCCACCAGCUGACAAUACUGCACGUGCGCACCCUGUGGAUCCAACCGAACUGCCGUCAGAGACUCGCCGCAAAGCUGCAAGUCGUAAUGUCGCCAAUGCAGUCGAACAAGCGCGUCUGCGCAGCCUCAAUAACAAACAGCCAAUAUCGUCUCUGAAUGUCUCAACCGUCGAGCGAUCGUUCGUGCGGAAGGCGGCUGAGGACGCAGCUCGGCAUGCAACGCCAGAAGAGGAUGACCCAUUGCUUUCUUCUCCUACUCUCGCUUGUCGCUCCCUUGCACCUACUGUGUCGGUCAAGGAAGAACCCGAGAUCAUCGAGAUCAAGUCUGAAGACGACGAGGACGACGAUUUUCAGAUUGUGUCGCCCCCGCCACCAGCACGAGCGUCUCUGGUGCAUGUGACUAGUGGACUUACGCGCACCGCAACCAGACAGGCCUCCACGGAAGCUUCGACUUCUGCCCCUUCACCCUCGAGAGCAGCCACAGAGAUGCCUUCACCUCCCAAAACACCUCCACCCAUCGGAACAAGACGGUCUCGAGCUCGCAACGCUCGCUCCCUCACAGCCAACGCCGCGUCUUCUUCCUCAUCGACGCGCGAUGCUGUCGUUGGCAGGCAGCCCUCGGUCGCCUUGGCCGAAGCAUCUCGUUCUGCUUCCGAGGCUCCCCUCCUCGAAAAACCUGUCCUUGAACGCACGGAUCCGUGGCCCGACCAUUUCCUCCAACUCGAAAAAACCUUUCGCGCCAUCAACACGGUCUAUUCCUUUUGCUCGGCACGCAAACACAUGGCCACCACCUACGAUACAAUCAAGAGCAGUGUCGAAGGUCUCACAAAGCGACCGCUCCAAAUCUUUGACAUUGCCCAGAUCAAGAGCCUGUGCGGCGAGCUCAUCCAUUUCGCCUACGUCGAGCACGACAUGCUCCAGGUGCACAUGGAUAGCAGAGCCAACGCCGAAACCCCCGCCAGCAACACGGUCAACCGACGUCAAAAGUCGAGCGCGCAGUACACAGACGAGCUGUACGAAAAGGCGGCCGAAGCCAUCGCGUCGGGAGAUCCUUAUAUUCCGGACAAUCCCAGCUCGGUGGCGAUUGUCGCCGCCGCGGCGACCGUGGCGUCUGCCAUAACAGUCGAUUCAGCUGGGUUCGCAACGACCGGUGGCGGAUUCCAAGAUGUUGCUGAUGCCGAUGUUCAAGGUGGGUCUCACGGGCCGUUGCUAGCUCCUACCGACCUCGAAGUGCAACAGCUACAGGCCAAAGGAAAGCAGAGGGCCCGGGAAGAAUACGUGCUGUUGUUCGAAUUCAACGAUGGAACCUUGAAAGGCCCCAAGGCGACAGCACGCGGACGCCCAGGUAUGCGCAGGGGGCCGAACCGCAACCCGGCCAACUCGAAAGCGAAACCAAAAUCCAACCCAAAGCUCUACUCGCUUCCCUCAACAGCCUCCAUGAUGAAGCUCAUCAACAAGCGCAACUCGAAAUUUGAGCAGGCCGUUCUCGAGCUUCUCGCGGCUUGUAAGGCUAAGGACGAAGAUCCUGUCCAGCUGCUGAUCGAUGCAGCUCACGACCACGUACCUCUCAACCCCGAGACCGCAUCAAGAACUGAGGGCGACUCACCGCAAAAGAAACGCAUCCGUCUCGAGUUCCUCAUGAAGAACCCGGAGCAUCGUCCCAGCAUCGCUUCCGUCAUCGAGGAAAUGAAGAUUGCUCCGUGGUGGAAGGAUCAGAUCGUGCCUGGCGGGCACAAGGUGUUCGACGAGCGCCCAGCCAAGACAGGUGAACUCAACUAUUUGCUCUCUCAGGCCGUGGUCAAUGCGCUCUACGCCACGCACGGCAUCGAACACUUUUACGCGCACCAGGCAGAGGCACUCAACGCACUGCACGAGCAGAAGAAUGUAAUUGUUUCGACGUCGACGUCGUCUGGCAAGUCGCUCAUUUACCAGCUUCCGGUACUCGGCGCCAUCGAGCAAGACGGCGAUGCUACGGCCAUCUUCAUCUUCCCCACCAAGGCGCUCGCACAGGAUCAGCGACGCUCGCUCCAGGACUUGAUUACCAACUGCGAAGGCGUCGAAGGUGCCAUUGUCGCCACCUACGACGGAGAUACGGACAAGGACUUGCGCAAGGACAUUCGCGAGCGCGCCAGCGUCAUUUUCACCAACCCGGACAUGUUGCAUCAGUCCAUUCUACCGAGUGAAGACCUGUGGAGACGCUUCUUGCGCAAUCUGCGCUAUGUCGUCGUUGAUGAGCUGCACAUCUACAAUGGCCUGUUUGGCGCCCACGUCAGCUUCAUCAUGCGCCGGCUGCGUCGUAUCUGCAGCGCGCUAGGCAACCGCACGGUGCAGUUCGUCAGCUGCAGUGCCACCGUCGCCAACCCAAAGCAGCACAUGCAGACGCUGUUUGGCGUAGAGGAUGUGCACGUCGUCACCGAGGAUGGAUCACCUGCAGGCAGAAAAGAAUGGUUGAUCUGGAAUCCACCGUAUAUCGACGAGUCAGACCCGGCGCAGGGGCGCGUCAGCUCGUAUUCCGAGGUCAGCAAGGUGUUCCGUCAUCUCAUCCAGCGUGGCGUUCGAACCAUCAUCUUUACCAAAGUGCGACGGACGUGCGAGAUCGUGAUGCGACAGGUACGCAACGAUCUGCUGCUCGAAGACCGGCCCGAUGUGGCGAACAAGGUCAUGUCGUACCGAUCCGGCUACUCUCCGCAGGACCGGCGAAAGAUCGAACAAGAUAUGUUUAAAGGGCAACUGCUCGGCAUCGUGGCGACGUCGGCGCUCGAGCUGGGUAUCGACAUUGGCAGUCUGGAUGCCGUCAUCAUGCUUGGCUUCCCGUAUUCCAUCUCGAGUCUGCGGCAGCAGGCGGGAAGAGCAGGUCGACGACAAAAGGAUUCGUUGUCCGUGUUGAUUGGCGAUCCUUGGCCUAUGGAUCAGCACUACAUGCAUUUUCCCGACGAGAUUUUUCUGCAGCCGGAUGCCGCCCUAUCGGUGGAUCUGGGCAACGACUUCAUUCUUGAAUCACACCUGCAGUGUGCUGCCGAAGAGAUGCCCAUCACGUUGGAAGACGACGAGCAGUACUUUGGCCCUCACCUCGCCACGCUAUGCGAGACAAGACUCGAGACGGACGGCAGCGGCUUCUUCUACUGCCGCGAAGAGCUGCGUCCCAACCCGGCUCGCGAUGUGGCGAUCCGAGGAGCACGCCAGGACAGCUACUGCUACAUCGACGACACGCCCGGACGUGCGGGUGGCGCACGCGUGAUGGAAGAGGUGGAAAUCGAACGUGCCAUCUUUGAGGCCUUCGAGGGAGCCGUGUUCAUGCACCAGGGUCUCUCCUACAUCUGUCGCGAGAUCAACCACGAGACGCGCAUCGCUCGCAUGGUGCAGGCCGACGUCAACUACCACACGCGGCCGCGCGAUCACACCAACACGGACGCGAUGGAGACGUACCGCAUCCGACGGCUGCGCGAGUCGCCCUACUUGGCGUACUAUGGCAAAGUUACGAUUGCGAGCUACGUGUGGGGUUACUUCAAGGUGGACCGACGGGCCAACAUUCUGGAUGCGGUGGAGGUGGACUGUCCUCCGUUCAUCCGACACACGCGCGGGCUGUGGAUCGAUGUGCCCACAUGGCUGGUGGAAGCGAUGACGGAGAAGCGCAUCAAUGCGGCGGCGGCGAUCCACGCGGCAGAGCAUGCGCUCUUGUCACUGACACCCAUGUUUGUGGUCUCUGUGGCGGGGGAUGUGCGCACCGAGUGCAAGAUCGCCGAGAAGGAGUACGCUGCCAAGCCGAGUUCUCGCAAACGCCCCGCGCGCUUGAUCUUCUACGAUAUGCCCGGCCAGAAUGGUGGGGUGUGCGCUAAAGCAUUCGAGCACCUCGACGGGCUGAUCCGCAUUGCCAUCAGCGUCAUCGAGGCUUGCCCGUGCACCGAGGGGUGUCCGUCGUGCGUCACGUCGCAAACAUGCGCCCACGCCAACCUGGUCACGUCCAAGGUCGGCGCCCUCGGUGUGUUGAGGGGGAUCGUGGGGCGCGAGCCGUUCGAUCGGGAUCUCGAGGUUCAGAAUGAGCCAGGGAUUGCGCCGUCGCAGUUGGGAGAGAGGGAGUCGGUGCAGGGUACCAUCGCCGAGGCUGUACCGGUGCGUGUGGCCAAGGAGCUGGGAAGCACCGUCGAGGUGGAGGACGUCGAGGAGGUCUUGCCGCCGAGUUUGCAGGCGUUGACGCAGAGAGCUAUGCAGGCGGCGGUGAACAGAGGCGAGAUCUUUGAAGCUGCCGGUCCGAGUGGGUCGAAUGGGACAGGGCCCGGAGGCGGGUUUCUGCCGGGCAAAAGUAUGCUCUUUCAGGAGUGA